CUUGCAACACAUCAUCACAUCAUUAGGGUUUGCCAAGGCUUCUAAUCCGCUUUUAUUACGUUCCAAAUUCUGUGAAACCGAAGUAGCUUAGUUGUUUCUUUUGCACCAUGAUCAUCGCUCUCGCCCGCUCACUGCUCUUGGAGCCCCCUGAGACGACAACGGGAGAGCCAGUGGAUUCAGCUACCUUCUGGUACAGGAUUGCUAUCAGUGCCGUCCUUGUGCUUGCAGGAGGUGUAUUUGCAGGGCUGACUCUCGGGCUGAUGGGGCUCGAUGAAUUGCACCUGCGUGUCCUGGCUACGUCGUCAGAGGACUUGACGGAGAAGCGCAAUGCGCAAAAAGUAUUAAGACUGAUGCAGAGAGGUCGGCAUUGGGUAUUAGUGGUACUUCUUCUGGCCAACGUUGUCAUCAACGAAAGUUUGCCUAUCUUUCUUGAUGGUGCCAUUGGUGGCGGCAUUGCGGCCGUCGUAAUCUCUACCACAGCGAUAGUUAUUUUUGGAGUUAUUCCGCAGGCUGUUAGCGUCAGAUAUGGCCUCGCAAUUGGCGCACGAUGUGCCCCUUUCGUGCUCUGCCUUAUGUAUUUGUUUGCUCCUAUCGCAUACCCUACUGCGAAGCUCCUCGAUUACGUUCUAGGCCAGAAUGAGGGCCAUACGUACAAGAAGGCUGAACUCAAAUCUUUUCUGCAGUUCCAUCGCACGGGAGAGGAACCACUACGGGAUGACGAAAUCAGUAUAUUGAAUGGUGUGCUCGAGCUCAAUACGAAGAAUGUGGAGACGAUCAUGACGCCCAUCAAGGACGUUGUAACGCUGAGCUCAGACACCAUUCUUGAUCACAACACAGUGGACGCAAUCCUCACAAGUGGCUACUCACGCUUUCCUAUACAUGAACCCGGGAAUCCACUAGCAUUCCAAGGGCUUCUACUCAUCAAAAAGUUGCUGGUAUACGACCCAGCGCAGGCUCUCCCAGUCUCGGAUUUCAAGCUCUCCAUUCUUCCCGAAGCACAUCCCAGUAUAAAUUGUUUCCAGGCGCUAGAUUACUUUCAAACGGGACGUGCCCACUUAUUACUGGUUAGCCGGACACCUGGAUUAGCAGGUGGUGGAAUUGGAGUGAUCACACUCGAAGACAUCAUUGAGGAGAUCAUAUCAGAAGAAAUUGUGGAUGAAACAGAUCGAUACGAGGAUAAUCAGAGUAAAAGACGUGCGAGACGAAUCACUACGGCUACUGUAAUGCGCGGGAUUGUGGAGCGAGAACGAAGUCUAACGCGAGUGCCGUCCUCCGACCGGAUACCCCUGUUGCGCGAUACACCUUUCACGCCAUCCACUCCGCGUUCUGAUCUCAACCAUCCGAUUCCUCGUUACGGUGCCAUACUCAGCCAGUCCCCAAGAACAUAAAAAUUGCAACCAUAUUCAUAGGGCGUACGCUGCCGGAUUUUGUCGUAGUUAUUGGAUGAAUCUGUUUGUUUCAGUAUCUUGACUCGUCGCUUUGUGUAAUGCUCGUCAAAAGCCAUCAUCAGUACAUCGACCGACUAUCACUGUCUCCAGUUACUCAUUUAGUUUCGUUCUCUCUUAUUUCUUACCCUACAGUAUACAAACUGUUGUAUAUCUACUUGUAGGGCAGUUGAUUUUUUCCCCACCGAGUAUAACUUUAGUUUGGCCAGUAACCCCAUGAUAUCAUUGCCAUUGACCCAAAGCCGAUAUGCACCAAGACUGUAUGCCAAUGAUAUCCGGAGAACUUAUUUCAAAA